AUGGGUAAUGACGGUGGAAGUAUCCCGACCCGCCGCGAACUGGUUCGCGAAGCGGCCCGCGCCCCGACUACAGCGCAGAUCAAAGAAACCCAGCGCGAACAGCAGGAGCAUAGCUGGACCACCUGCCCGCUGUCGCAUAAGGCACUCGCGCGGCCGAUUGUCUCGGACAGCGUUGGAAAUCUAUACAAUAAAGACGCCGUGCUCCAAUUCUUGCUCCCUGGUGACGAUGGCGAGGGCAUCAGCUCCAAGUCCGACUGCGAAGAAGUUCUGUGCGGACGAGUGAAAGGUCUCCGUGACGUUGUCGAGCUACACUUUGAGGUUGACACCGAGCUCAGCGAGCACCCGUCCGACCAUGCCAAUGCGCACCGCCACCAGCGCCGUGAGGGCUGGAUCUGCCCGAUCACUGCGAAGCCGCUGGGUCCUGGCGUGAAGGCCGUCUAUCUUGUGCCGUGUGGCCAUGUCUUUGCCGAAGAGGCCAUCCGACAGCUCAAGGGAGACAAAUGCUUGCAGUGCAACGAGUCCUACUCCGAAGACAACAUCAUUCCCAUCCUCACAACUAAAGAAGCCGAUAAGGAGCGUCUCAUUGCCCGUGCCGCCAAACUCGCCGAACAAGGCCUCACCCACUCGCUCAAGAAAGCCCCCGGUUCUAAGAAGCGCAAGAAGCAAACCAUGGAGAGCUCAGCAGACGCAACUAACGGGACCACCGUGGCCACAGCUUCUGCAACCGCAGCCAAGUCAACUGCCUCUAGCAACGGUAUCAAGAACUCCGCGACAGCCUCGCUCACUGCACGUGUGCUGAAUGAGGAGAAUGAAAAGAAGAAGCGGCGAAAGAUGAUGGGUCUUAAUGACAAUCUUGAUAGUUUGUUCACGAAGGAUAAGAAGCAGGGUUCGAAGGGUGACUUUAUGACGCGCGGGUUCUCCAUUCCUGCUUCGGCGCGGAGAUAG